AUGAUCAAUUCCUUACCGUUGGCGGCUUUCAAAGGCAAAGAUAAAGAUGCAGAAAUGGAAAGAAUGGAGAUAAAUGUCCGUAUAGAUGACUCUCAAUACGUUUCAGUUGAUGAUGGUCCUAAACGCUGGAAAUGUAACCAGUGCCCCAAAUCCUACACAACUAAACAUAAUCUAGUGACCCACGUUAUGGAUCACAAUGGUAUCAAGCCUCAUUUAUGCAUGAUCUGUGGAAAAUAUUUCAAACAACUCAGUCAUUUAAACACUCAUAUGUUGACGCACGAAAACAUUAAACCUAACAUUUGUCCAAUAUGUGGUAAAGGAUUUACGCAAGUGAGUCACGUAAAGAGACACCAAGCUGUCCACACUGAAAAUAAGCCCCAUGUUUGUGAUGUAUGUAAUCGGGGAUUCUCGUAUCCAAGUGAACUGCGUAUCCAUAAACAAAGGCAACACAUUCCAGGAAAGGAAAAAUGUCCAGAGUGCGACGAGGUAUUUGAUAGUAUAAAACAACUGAAGGACCAUUUGGCUAGCCAUGAACAAAGAGAAGAUCACGAAUGUCCGGAAUGUAACAAAUUGUUCCGGUAUCCAAGUCAGCUGAAGGAUCAUCUGUCAUCUCAUUCUGGACAUCGACCAUUCAUUUGCUCCGAAUGUGGCAUGGAUUUUAUUAAGGAGCACCAUCUCAAAGCACAUGCAUUUACUCACACUGGAUUGAGACCAUAUGAAUGUCCCCAGUGUGGUCGAACGUUUAACCAGAGGGCUAAUAUGAUACGACAUCAGUUGAUACACAGUAAUGAUAGAGCCUAUAAAUGUGAAGAAUGUGAUAAGUCAUUCACUCAACCUCAAACUCUGAAAGCUCAUAUGGUUGUACAUGCUGAGAAGAAGCCCCACCAAUGUCAUCUAUGUGGUAAAGAAUUUGGUAGACAGCAUAAUUUACAAGCUCAUAUGCACAUGCAUAGUGAUUCAAAGCCAUUCCUUUGCUUCUGUGGAAGCUCAUUCACAUUAAAGGGUAACUUGAAAAGACACAAGAAAGUAAAACAUGGUAUAGAUGAU